UCCCUCAGCAGGCCCGUGUGCGCAUGCCCAGCUGAAGGUCCCGCUCGCUCGCUCUCCAUCAGACUGGUGUAGCCUCGCUUUCAUUCUGCGGGAACCAGGGUCAGAUCGCCGUUAGCCGGCCCGACACCGCACCGCCCACGUCCAGCUCCUGCCUCGGGAAGAGCGCCCACAGCCCCCGGGAAGCGCCUCCAGUCGGCCCCGCAGCGCCACCAGCCAGCCUCCGCGUCGUGCCGUGCUCCUGCCAUUCCCGUGUAGAGCGCUCCGGUUCCGCCCAGACUUCGCCAUGGGACAUGCUACGCUCAUCUUCAUGCUCGUCUGUCUGUCCGCUCAAGCGCUGAGCAGACCGUCGCCUCUGGACCUCUCACUGCCGGACGGGACAGGGUCGGACGACAACACCAACCAGGUGACCGCCUGUAUCGUGGAGCUGGUGACCUCUCACCUGAGGAAGGUCACCACACCUGCCGACCCGGAGUGUGAGAAGAUCAUCUCUAAAGAUGGCCGCAUCUUUGACCUAAUGAAGAAGGAGAAGCUGCUGAGCCAGCUGAAGUCGCUAGGUGCCGUGGAGGAGGACCUGAUCCCAGAUGCCAACGAGGUGCUCAAGGCCGUGGAACAGGCCAAGAAAGGUAAGAGUCAGCUGGAAGUGAUGGGGACCAUCCAGACGAUGCUGCGGCAGGUGGAGCGGGACCAUCAGGUGCUGCAGACCCUCCUGCAGAACAUGGGCCGGCCAGAGCUGUCUGCCAGUGCCAGGGAUGAUGGACAGGUGGACCUCAGGUCGGAGGAGGAGGAAGAUGUGGAGGACAGAGACAGCGCAGAGGAUGAGUUUGUCGCAGGGAACGACGAUCUAGACGAGGCCCCCGAGCAAACCAGACAGGGGUUCCAAAUCUACGCCAAGUCAGACAAAGACGACGAGGCAGAAGAAGGUGGCAAUGGAGAUGAGGAGACGAGGUCAGAUGAAGAUGAAGAUGACUCGGAGGAAGAAGAGAAGAAGGAUGACGAGGAAGCAAGUGAUGAAGAAGACGACCGUCGAGACGAUGGAGCAGACGACGACGAUGAUGAUGAUGAUGACGAUGAUGACGAAGAGGAUGAAGAUGAUGAAGAUGAUGACGAAGAGGAUGAACGAGGUGACGAGGAGGAUGGAGAAGAGGAGGAGACGAGAAGCGAGGAGGAAUCACAGGAAGAAGAUGAAGAGAAGGAAUCAGAAGAGAUGAAACUAAGAGAUGAUGAUGGAGAAGAAGAUGAGGGGGAGAAGAGGGAGGAGGUUGAAGAAGAUGAUGAUGAUGAUGAUGAUAAGAGAGCUGAAGAUGGAGACGAAGAUGAGGGGGAUGAAGACAAUGAGGAUGAUGAUAAGAGGGAUGAUGAUGGAGAAGAAGAUGAGGGAGAGAAAAGAGACGAUGUAGAAGAUGAGGAUGAAGAUGAGAAGAGGGAAGAGGAGGAGGACGAUGAUGAUGAUGAUGACAAGAGAGAUGAUGAUGGAGAAGAUGAGGAUGAAGAUGAGAAGAGGGAAGAGGAGGAGGACGACGACGACGAUGAUGACAAGAGAGAUGAUGAUGGAGAAGAAGAUGAGGGGGAGAAGAGAGACGAGGAAGAAGAUAGUGAUGAGGCAGAUGAUGAUGAUGACGAAGAAGCGGGAGAUGAAGAGCGGAGAGGAGACAUGGAGGAUGUGGAGGAACGGCGGGCGGAGGAGUCUGCAGAGGAGGAGGAGGAGGAGCGCGGCAACGGCGCGCCUGACUACGAGUCAGCGGAGGGAACCAGUCAGAGCGACGAGGCCAGCGGCGACCAGAAAGUGAGCGGCGGAGACACCAACACCGUCCAGCGGAGAGGGGGAGAGGAGGACGAAGAAGAGGAAGAAAAGAAAAGUGACAGCGUCGAGAGCAAGGAAAGCGGCGAGGUACCAGCUGACGGCAGCGGUGGCAACAAGGACGACACUGUGGCCCAGCUGAACGCGCUGGUGGCUCAGCAGGAGCUGCAGGACGAACUGAACCACGUCGCGCAUGGGCCCCAGCGCCGCGGCCAGGAGCGGCGGAAGUAGUCCACUCACGUCACGUGACAUCCACGGCCGCUGGUGGGGAGGGCAUGCCGGCAACUCUGUUGGCGCAGCAGACAUGUUAACACUCAGCAGUAACGGUUGGGAAUGUUGGAAGGUGCCGGUACUGGUGAACAGACAUCUGCAGUGGCCGUACAGGAUGUACUUGGAAUAACGUUCUACCCAAACCCGCAGCAUCUCCCGCCUACACCCUCUCAAAUUACACCUCUUGUAUUAUAAAAAAAUUCAAUUCAAUAUUCUCCAUUUCCUCAGCUUGUGAUAGCCUCAUCUACAUUACCAAGUAAAUGAACACAAUCGAGAAGGAACAAGUAAAAACAUAACCAUCUGUAAAAAGUUCAUCAGUUUCAAGGACCUUUGUCAUUGUUUAGUCUGUCAGCUUGGUAGUUUAUUCAUCCCUACAUUCCCCCAAGUCUGUGUUUGUCACGCUAAGUAUUGGCUGUGUUCGCAGUUGGUGAUGGAGCUUAAUAAAUGGUUUGUAAAGUAAACUGUGAGAAUUUCUACUUUUGUAACAGGACGUGCUACCACCGCGGGUGGGGAAUCAGACUGUCUCGUAGUGAUGUUUUGGACUGAAGUGUGGGUGGAAAUGGCUGGUCUAGUGUUGCGUUGUGUUAAUCACCAGUAUAUAUGUUCCUUGUCGUAAUUAUUCAGUCGAGGUUUCAAAUCCUCUAAGAACCAUCUCUCUAGCAUAAUACUGAGCUAUUCACCCCAGAAACCAUACCUACUCUCCUCUCUCCUUGCAAUGGCCACUAUUGCCCUGUAGAAUAGUUCCUACCAACAUUGUAUAAACAAAAGAUGUAUAUACGGUACAUUAUGCUAUUAUGAUGUUUCAGUAGUAUGUACGAUUCCCGAUGUGGCAAUGUUAGUGGUUAAGCAAAGCACACGUGCAAUAGCGAGGACAAUUUCGCGACGCCACAGGAAGGCGGUCAGCUGUAGAGUGCUGUUAUUUAUGUAUAGUAUUUAUUAACAUGGUUGAUAACCUGUGGAGGGGGUAUGAUGACUUGUACCCCAGUAGUGAAUUUCCUGACUUCAUGUCAUCUCCAAGCAGAUGUAGGGUGGUGCUGCAAAACCUUUUGGCAGGGUUUACAGAAAAACUUACACCGGCAGAAGGACAAAUGAAAUUACACAAAAGCUUAAAACAGGCCAACCGUACUUCUGCUUGGAGGUCAGAGUUGACUAACAUCUCUUCUAAUUUAGCGAUAGAUCUAUAUGCUCAGCACUAUUCUAUUUUCGGUCGUCCAAGUGAUUAGUAAAUUAAAAUCCUCUGAAACGA